AUGAGUAUAAGGUGGCCAAGGCUUUUGACACCCACUCACCUCUCGCAGCUUAUACGUAGCCAGAAAAACCCGUUAAAGGCUUUGGAACUUUUCAAUGAAGCCAAAGCCCGAUAUCCAACUUACCGACAUAAUGGGCCGGUCUACUCCACCAUGAUCCGAAUCCUAGCUACUUCGGGCCGGCUGGGCGAGAUGAAAGAACUCGUCACACGCAUGAAGGAGGACUCGUGCGAGUGCCAAGACUCCCUCUUUUCCAGCAUAAUCAGAACUUACGCAAAUGCUGGCUUGCUAGAAGAGUCAAUCUCUCUCUUCAAAAGCCUUCCCGAAUUCAAUUGUGUAGACUUCACGAAAUCCUUCAACACCCUUUUGGAGAUAAUGUUAAAGGAGAACAAUCCGGAAGCUUCCUACAACUUUUUUGUCGAGAAUUGCCGCGGGUGGGAAAUAAAGUCUCGAAUGGUUUCCUUGAAGCUGCUGAUAGAUGCUCUCUGCAAGUCGAGCCGCUCGGAUCUUGCCUUGCAUGUUUUCCAAGAAAUGGGUUAUUUGUGGUGCUAUCCCGAUCGUGAAACUUACGGGAUAUUGAUGAAGGGUUUGUGCCGUGACGGAAGACUUCACGAGGCGACACAUUUGUUGUACUCGAUGUUUUGGAGGAUUUCCCAAAAGGGAUGUGGGGCUGAUAUCACCAUUUACCGAACUCUAUUGGAGGCUUUGUGUGACAAUGGGGACGUGGAGGAAGCCGUUGAGGUACUCGAGAAGGUUUUACGUAAAGGACUAAAGGCUCCAAAAAAAUACCGCAAGCCGCUUGACUUAAGCCAGAUAUACUACAAAGAUGAAAUGGGCAUUACUCAAGUGAAAGGUUUGAUUAACGAGGCUUUGUUGAGAGGCGGGGUUCCUAGCUCGGACGGCUACGGACCAAUGGCUAUCGAAUUCUACUCUGAAAAAAGGAUUUCCGAGGGUGACAAGGUGCUCGACGAGAUGCGGAAGAGAAGUUUCGGGUCGUGUUUUCCGGUGUACGAAGCUAAGGUACAAGCGUUAUUUGAGUUGGGGAAGGUACAAGAGGCGGUCCAUGUGGUCGAAUGUGAAAUGAUCGCUAGUGAUUGUGUGCCGAACAUGAGGUUGCACAAUGUUAUUAUAAAAGGGCUUUGUGAUGCCGGAGAAUGUGAUUGGGGAGUGAGGUACUUUGAGAAGAUUUCGAGGCAAGUCGGUUGUGUACCCGAUAGGGAGACAUAUAGUUAUUUAGUGGAUGGUUUGUGUUGUGACGGUAAGUAUUUGGAGGCUAGUCGAGUGUUGGAGAAGAUGUGUAUUAGCUCGUAUUGGCCCGGGGAAGAGAUUUAUAAUAGGGUUAUAAAGGGUCUUUGUUCGGUUGGGAAUACGUAUAGAGCCUUUAUGUGGGUUGAGGAGAUGAUUAGCCAGGCGAAAACGCCCGAGGUUUCUGUGUGGUGUUCGUUGGUGUCGUCUGUUUGCUGCGAGAGCUCGAUCGAGAUGCAUAGCAAGCUAAUGUAUGUAAAAGAGUAG